GCUCGGCGGACCGUGAAACGUAACAGCAAGAAGAGGGACAAAGACGCACAUAGCGGGACAAAACGCGACAGGCAGAAACCUCUUCCAACUAAACAAAAAGAAAACAACAACAUCGGAAUGCGUGGAUGGAUGUUAAAAGUGGCAGAGUUGAGAAGACGAGUCGAAAGUAACAAUGGCAAGAAAGAUGAGUGUACAGACUGAGUUGUGGACAAUAACUGUGCCACGCGUGGUGAUUUCCCUGAGUCAGAUCCUGACUUCUGCUGCAAAGCUCACUAGGAGGAGGACAAGUUGAGUUACGAGCACUUUCGAGGAUAAUUUAUAAAGGACCAAGUGUUUUUUUCUUCUACUGGGUUGGUUGCAAAACGCAUGUAUGGAAUACUUAUGAAGCCCAGUCUGUGAGAUUCAGUGUGUACAUUGUCCUGAUCCUAAUGUGCUGGUGGAGAAAGUGCACGUCACCGAGCUAGAACUCCAUCCAAGCAUGAAAUGUUGGUGCAGCGCCCUGGCACUUCUCCCAUGGGUGCUGGUGGCCUUAGAUGCCCAGCUAAUCUGCUGGCAGGCGCUCCUUCGGUGCCACGAGGAGCCCGAGUGCGAUCUUGCAUACAGUCAAUACUUAGCAGCGUGUGAAGGUAACAUCAGGGGGACGAGGAGGCAGUGUCCGAGCCACUGUAUCAACGCGCUGAUCAGGCUGAAUCACACCCGCAGCGGGCCGGACCUGGAGACCUGCGACUGCGCACAGGAUCUGGAGUGCCUCGCCGCCAAGCGCACCAUAGAGCCGUGCCUCCCCCGGCGACACCCGAGCGAUGCCGGGGGGAUAGGCUGCAUGGAGGCCCGGCAGCGCUGCGAGGAAGACAGCAAAUGCCACACCUCCCUCACGGCCUACUUGUCAUACUGCGGGCAGCUGUUCAAUGGCAGGAAGUGCUCCUCCAAGUGUAAAGCCACCAUUCAGCAGAUGCUGUUCAUCCCAAAUGGCAUGCUGCUGAACCGCUGUGUUUGCGAUGGGGUGGAGAGGCCUUUCUGUGAAGUGGUGAAGGAGAACAUGAGUAAACUUUGCUCCAUAGGAGACCACAUUGUUAUUUCAGACCAGCCUGAUGUGGAUGACAUCUACGAGGAUGAAGACUAUGACCCUAAAAAUGACAGAGAGGAGUUGUAUGUGAAUGCCUCUUCUUCCCAGAGGUUAUCCAGCUGCACGAUGUUCCUAAUUCUCCCUCUGGCAUUGAUAUUGUACUGAGACAAUGGCUACUUUGGAUUUGAAAAACGAUAAUCUCUGUUCCAGGGAGCCAAGUGUCCAGCUGCACAGUGACAGAGCACUGGCCUCCAGGAUAAGGAAAGCUAUUUGUUCACUCCCAUGGCUUCCUGCUAUUCCAUUUUAGCUCCAGGGCGACGGUCAGCACAGCAGUGAUUUGUGUAUGCUUUCCACAACCGUACAAUUUGCAUAGUAAUUCUUCUCCGAGCACAUCUCACUCAGGGAAACUGCUUUACCCCCCCCACCCCCCCACAUAGAUGUCCUUGCAGUGCUGCUUUUUGAAGCCUGUUGACAAAAGUGUCAGAACACAGAGUCAGGUGAUGAUGAGAGGAAGUGAACCACACCACACUUUGUUGCAGGGCAUUGCCAAGUUGAGCUCCUGUUUGUUUGGUUUCAAUGGUACUUGGAGCGUGGCUUUAUUAAGACCUUAGACAAACAUUGGAGCCAUCCAGUCUCUGUUUGCUCUGCUCUCCAUUUCAGGGCCUCUGCAUUGUUGCACCAACCACACUUCAAAUAUUUGUGGAAACAGUCAAAGGACAAGGCAAGGGUUUGGGAUCAAGUAGUGAAAUUAACCGAAGCGCCUCUCCAGCACUCUCUGGAGCCCCUCCCCCAUAUAAGAUUGUUUUAUUGAACUUUUCCUGAGACAACCCCCCCCCACCCCCUCCUCUCUACGGCCUGCCCCCUUUCACGCCUUAAAAAGACCCCUGUCUGUCUUUAUUACUGCUUUCACACUGAAGCAACAAGCCGGGGAAAGCUGUUGCUGGUGCGAACAGGUCAACAUCUCAGCCCUGGAGUUUGUCCACUAGCCUCACACCGCUCAGCUUUGUUGUGCACGGUGAGCAGGAUUUUAAACAAACGAAAGUUGUUGCAAUAAGUUUUCUUGAGCUUAUUUAACAAAUAAAGUAAGUUUUUUGGAUUAGAGCUGCAACGAUUAGUCGACUAAUCAAUUAGUCCACUAGUUCGAUAAUCGAUUAAAAGUUAUUUUUCAUGCAAAAGUGUCAGAACAUUGCUGUUUCCAGCCUCUCAAAUAUGCAGAUUUCCUGCUUUUCUCUGUUUUAUAUCAUAUUAAAGUGAAUAUCUUUGGGGGUUUUUCUGACAUUUUACAGACAGAUUAAUCGAUCAUUCAAACGAUGGUUAGUUGCAGCCCUAUUGUGAAUACGUAUCAACAACACUUGUGAGUGUUCUCUGUGUCAACAGGAUCUUAUUCAUGAGCAGAAUUCUGAAAUGAAUGUAUGUUAGUUGAAGGAGUUGAAGAUCACAGUGUUUUCUAAAGAAAUGCACAGAGACAGAUGGAACAGUUUGAGCUCAGAGGUCCACACAGAGUCCAGGGAUUCAAUCUUCCUCUUCAUUCAUCCACAUUAAGCUGUUUAGCAAAAAGGGAAAGUAAAAACAAUGUUUGUUAGUAUUGAUCACUUGUAAUGAAGCUGCCAAUUUGUGUCUUUGCCACUUGAAAUUGUGUCAAAACUAAUCUUUGUUUUGUCUUGAAGUUUUGAAAAAUGUUGCUAAAUGUUAAAUUAUGAAGCUAGAAUAUGAAGAAUGUGUAUAUAUUUUACAAUUAUAUGCAGUAAAAUAAGCCAGUGUUUGCCCACAGUCACUUAUUACACAUACAAUAUAAACACACACACACACACACACACACGUAGCUGAGAUCUUGUGCACACAAAACCGAACUCUUAGAGUUUUUCAUCUCAUCUUGUUCAGAGUGAUGUCUUCCAUGUGGGAGGGUGAGUUUUAUAAUAAAAUGU